AUGUCCAGCUGGUCAGCACUAUCGAUAGCCGUGCCACUAAGCGUCGGGCUCGGCCUCUCGUUCAACUCUUUCCGGCGCAGCUCCUCAUCCUGGCACAACCAACUGCGCAAGCCCAAAUACAACAUCCCGCACCGGCACCUGCUCCCGGUUUUCGCCGGGCUCUACACGAUUCAGGGUCUCGCAGCAUACCUGGCGUCGAACGAAAUGAUGCUCUCCCACCAUACGCCCGAGUACACGGCGGUGCGUGCAGGGCAACUGGGGUUGGGGUUUUAUUGGCUGGGAUUGACGUUUUUAGCGUUCUGGCCGAUGAUUCUCGCCAGUAGUGCGACUUUUGGCGGGUGGGGGUUGAGGUGGGCGUUGGUUGAUUUGGUUGUGGCGGUGGGGUUUGAGUUUUUGGCUAUGGUGCAGUUUUUCAGGCUGGGGGUUGGUGGCGGGUUGAUGAUGUUGGCGUGCUUUUUGGUAUUGGCGGCUUUGGCGUUAUGGAAUGCUGCAUUGGUACAGGCGAGUGGCCUGUUUUUGCCGUAUUGA